GGGUGCGAGCGCGGGGGUCGCGUGCGCGCCGCCGCCAUGCGGGAGCGGAGGCCGGCACCGGCCGCCCCGGCCCGGUGCAAGCUGGUGCUGGUGGGUGACGUGCAGUGCGGCAAGACGGCAAUGCUGCAGGUGCUGGCCAAGGAUUGCUACCCUGAGACGUACGUGCCCACCGUGUUUGAGAACUACACGGCGUGUCUGGCCAGCGAGGAGCAGCGGGUGGAACUGAGCCUCUGGGACACCUCCGGCUCCCCCUACUAUGACAACGUGCGGCCCCUGUGCUACAGCGACUCAGACGCCGUCCUGCUCUGCUUCGAUGUCAGCCGGCCUGAGACCCUCGACAGCGCCACCAAGAAGUGGAAGACAGAAAUCCUGGAUUAUUGCCCCAACACCCGCGUGCUGCUCAUCGGCUGCAAGACGGACCUGAGGACAGACCUGAGCACGCUGCUGGAGCUCUCGCACCAGAAACAGGCGCCCAUCUCCUACGAGCAGGGCUGCGCGGCCGCCCGGCAGCUGGGAGCCGAGGGUUACCUGGAGUGUUCGGCCUUCACCUCGGAGAAGAGCGUGCACAGCAUCUUCCGCGCCGCGUCCGGGCUGUGCCUGAGCAGCGCCGCCCCGCAGCCUCCCCGCAGCCCCGGGCGCGGCCUCUCCAAGCGCCUCCUGCACCUCCCCAGCCGCUCCGAGCUCAUCUCCUCCACCUUCAAGAAGGAAAAAGCGAAAAGCUGCUCCGUCAUGUGAAGGGGGGGGAAGGGAUUCGCACACACACACACACACAAAAACACACACAGAGCCCCCUUUCCCGCUCCCACCCCAAAUUUGGGAAGCCCCCCCAUCCCCCCCCAAGUGCACGGGAUGGGGUCUGGGGGGGGCUGGGGAGGGGUUGGGGUGCUGCCCUUGCCCUGGGAGGGGAGGGCUUCACCCAGUUCCCAACCCUGAGGGGGUCCCUGGGGGGUUUGGGGUGCUCAGACCCUCAGAAACGUCAGCUGGGAUGAUCCUGGUGGGGUUUGGGGUGCACAGGAUCCUGGGGACAUCAGCCCAGAGGGAUUUGGGGUGCUCAGACCGUCUGGGACAUCAGCUGGGAUGGUCCUGGUAGGGUUUGGGGUGCACAGGAUCCU